GAAACGCUGCGUUUGAAACGAGGACAAGUCAUCAGAUAGAAACCAAACGUCGUCGUAAACCAUAACUAGCAAGCACUCUUUUAGCAACGCAACUGUCUUAAUGUGUCAUCUUUUAUAAUACAACGUUCUCCCGGCGAUCUUCCAUCAGGAAAGUGGAAAGUGGAAAGAGAUGGAACAAGGGAGGCAGGUAUUCACGGUGGAUCUUCUAGAAAGAUACGCGGCGAAAGGGAGAGGAGUAAUUACAUGUAUGGCAGCUGGGAAUGAUGUAAUUGUAAUAGGUACUAGCAAAGGAUGGGUAAUUAGACACGAUUUCGGCGUCGGCGAUUCUUACGAUAUUGAUCUAUCUGCGGGAAGAGGUGGAGAGCAAUGUAUACACAGAGUGUUUGUUGAUCCAGGAGGUAGUCACUGUAUUGCUACAGUCGUUGGUGGUGGAGGUGCUGAGACUUAUUAUACUCAUGCUAAAUGGAGCAAGCCUCGUGUUUUAACUAAAUUAAAAGGUCUCGUUGUCAACGCCGUUGCUUGGAAUAGACAAUCCAUAACUGAAGCUUCGACGAAAGAAGUUAUUUUAGGGACAGAUAAUGGACAACUUCAUGAGAUUGCUGUUGAUGAGAAGGAUAAACGAGAGAAGUAUGUCAAGUUUCUUUUUCAAUUAAAUGAACUUCCUGAGGCUUUUAUGGGCUUGCAGAUGGAAACAGCUAACUUAAGCAAUGGAACAAGAUAUUAUGUGAUGGCUGUUACUCCUACUCGUCUUUAUUCAUUUACUGGCAUUGGAUCACUGGAGACGGUUUUUGCUGGUUAUUUGGAACGUGCAGUGCAUUUUAUGGAAUUGCCUGGAGAAAUACUUAACAGUGAACUGCAUUUCUUUAUCAAGCAAAGAAGAGCUGUGCAUUUUGCAUGGCUUUCUGGAGCAGGCAUAUAUCACGGAGGCCUAAAUUUUGGAGCACAGCACAGUUAUCCAAAUGGAGAUGAAAAUUUUGUGGAGAAUAAGGCUCUUCUAGACUAUUCAAAAUUAAGUGAGGGUGCUGGUGCUAUUAAACCAACUUCAAUGGCAGUUUCUGAAUUUCAUUUUCUGCUUCUUAUUGGAAACAAGGUUAAGGUUGUGAACCGAAUCAGUGAGCAAAUUAUAGAGGAGCUUCGGUUUGAUCAAACAUCAGAAUCAGUUUCAAGGGAUAUUAUUGGUUUAUGCAGCGAUGCCACUGCUGGCUUGUUUUAUGCAUAUGACCAAAAUUCUAUAUUCCAGGUGUCUGUUAAUGAUGAAGGCCGGGACAUGUGGAAGGUGUAUUUAGACAUGAAAGAAUAUGCUGCAGCUUUAGCAAAUUGCCGCGACCCGUUUCAGAGAGACCAAGUAUAUUUGUUGCAGGCAGAUGCUGCAUUUGCCUCAAGGGAUUUCCUGAGAGCGGCAUCUUUCUAUGCAAAAGUAAACUAUAUGUUAUCAUUUGAGGAAAUCACUUUGAAGUUUAUUAGUGCAAGCGAACAGGAUGCUUUGAGAACUUUCUUGUUGCGGAAGCUUGACAAUCUAAUGAAGGAUGAUAAGUGCCAAAUAACAAUGAUUUCCACGUGGGCAACUGAAUUAUACCUGGACAAGAUAAAUCGGAUGCUUUUGGAAGAAGAUAAUGCUUCAGAGGAUCGUAGCUCUGAGUACCAAUCUAUCAUUCAAGAGUUUCGUGCUUUCCUCAGUGACAGCAAGGAUGUUUUGGAUGAAGCAACCACAAUGAGACUAUUGAAGGGCUCUGGUAGGGUUGAAGAACUGGUAUAUUUUGCUAGUUUGAAGGAGCAGUAUGAGAUUGUAAUUGACCACUACAUUGAGCAAGGAGAAGCGAAGAAGGCUUUGGAAGUGCUUCAAAAACCUGCUGUUCCUAUAGAUCUUCAGUACAAGUUUGCCCCAGAUCUUAUUGCACUUGAUGCAUAUGAAACUGUGGAAUCAUGGAUGGUCACGAAGAACCUAAACCCAAGGAAACUGAUUCCUGCAAUGAUGCGCUAUUCAAGUGAACCUCAUGCAAAUUUUAGCUGCAUCUCACAUCAUCUGAAACGGCUAUCUUUCGGAAGUUUUGUUCCUGUUUACAUUCUGAAGAAUGAAACCCACGAAGUCAUCAAAUAUUUGGAAUUUUGUGUUCAUCGUUUGCAUAAUGAGGAUCCUGGAAUUCACAAUUUGCUUCUAUCUCUAUAUGCUAAGCAGGAAGACGAUGGUGCACUUCUGCGUUUCCUACAAUGCAAGUUUGGAAAAGGAAGAGAAAAUGGCCCUGAUUUCUUCUAUGAUCCUAAGUAUGCUCUGCGUCUCUGUCUCAUAGAAAAGCGAAUGCGUGCCUGUGUUCAUAUAUACAGCAUGAUGUCCAUGCAUGAAGAGGCUGUUGCACUUGCUCUGCAGGUUGACCCUGAGCUUGCUAUGGCCGAAGCUGACAAGGUUGAAGAUGAUGAAGAUUUGAGAAAGAAGCUUUGGCUCAUGAUUGCCAAACAUGUCAUUGAACAGGAAAAGGGUACUAAAAGGGAGAACAUACGGAAAGCAAUAGCAUUUCUCAAGGAAACUGAUGGCCUUUUAAAGAUUGAAGAUAUAUUACCGUUCUUUCCAGACUUUGCCCUCAUUGAUGACUUCAAGGAGGCUAUAUGCUCAUCAUUGGAGGACUACAACAAGCAAAUUGAACAACUAAAAGAAGAGAUGAAUGAUGCAACGCAUGGCGCAGACAACAUAAGAAAUGACAUUAGCGCGCUUGCUCAAAGAUAUGCUGUCAUUGAUCGUGAUGAGGAAUGUGGGGCUUGUAAGCGGAAAAUCUUGAUUGUGGGUGGGGAUUAUCGCAUGUCUCGAGGUUACACAUCAGUAGGACCAAUGGCUCCCUUCUAUGUAUUUCCUUGUGGACAUGCCUUCCAUGCGCAUUGCUUGAUUGCUCAUGUGACGCGUUGUACUACUGAUACUCAGGCAGAAUAUAUACUUGAUCUGCAGAAGCAACUUACUUUACUGGGUGAUGGAGCUGGGAAAGACUUAAAUGGUAGCAUAACUGAGGAGUCCAUUACUAGCAUAACGCCUGUAGACAAGCUCCGCUCACAGUUGGAUGAUGCGAUAGCCAGUGAAUGUCCAUUUUGUGGGGAACUGAUGAUCAAUGAGAUCUCUUUGCCCUUCAUUCUCCCCGAGGAAGCACAGCAGGUCAGUUCAUGGGAGAUAAAACCACAUAACCUAGGAAGCCAGAGGACCCUUUCUUUACCAGUGUAAUCAUAUUCUAGCUGUGAGUGCAUACUUUCAUAUGUAUCCAUCUACUUGACGGAGUGUGUUUCCGCGGAGCAUCAGUGGUACUGAUGUAGCUUGGUCAGUAGCAUGAAAUUCUAUUUAAGGCUUCCCUAUGCCUGUGAAAGCAGUUGCUUUGAACUCAACUCUUGUUUGUAUAGUGCCUUCUUUCUUUGAGUUGCCAGUUGGCCUAUUCACGAUGCAAUUGCCAAAAGCUUUUUGAUUCA